AUGGCCACUGCCGCCAUUUCAUGCUCGUUGCCAGCCUACGCACAAAGAAUACCGUGCCGACUUGUACGUGCGCCUGCGCCCGCACGUCUAAUCGGCGCAUGGCAGCGGCAGCGCUUGUACAGCUCGCGCGCCUGGCCCGGCUCCUUCGCGUGCGACGCUGCACCCGCUCUCGAUGAACAUGGCCACAUCCCAUCGGCACCGUACGAUGCCGAGCCACUCACAGGCACGCUGCCUCACACAGACGCACACCUCGUGCUGCAUCCCGCGCAGUAUUCGAGGCCGCCUACGACAUGGCCAUCCCACGUAGAGUCGUCAUGUGCCCUGCUCAGUGAGCUUGCAAGUCGCACGCGUGAGCACGGCUCUUUGGCUGGCUUUCGAGUGAAUCUUUCUAGCGGCGAUGCCGCUCUUGCCGAGCCACCCUCUGGCGCAUGGGAUCCUUCUCGCUCAACGGCUAUGCGCAUGCCACCGAAUCAUGCGCAGGAAGACGAGAUGUUCUGGCUGUACGCAUAUACCACAUCCGGACGCUACGUUCGCUGGCCAGAGCCCAUCUCACUCCGCACGCUGCCGUCCGGCACGGAGCUCCGCACCCAACUCCAGGCGAUGUGGUCGCGUGCGCACGAUACCUUAGAGAGCCACAUCUAUGUAUGCACACAUGGCAUGCGUGAUUGCCGAUGUGGCGUCGCCGGCACUGCCGUCUAUGAUGCACUGCAACGUGCCGUCACGAAUCAUACUGCACAGUGUGCGCAGGACGGUGCGAAGCCGGCGCGUACCAUCCGAGUUUUCCCCAUCAGCCAUGUCGGCGGACACAAGUGGGCCGCGUGUGCGCUGGUCUAUCCGCAUGGCGACUGGUACGGCAAUCUGCGUGUGUCGGAUGUGCCUCUUCUUCUUCGUACAGCUCUGGCCCCAUCGUCUUCACGGCAUGAUCUCGAUGAUCUCCGUGAGCGCCUCGUCGUUUGGCCUCGGUGGCGUGGCCGUCUCGGCAUGUCUCAGUCGGAGCAGCGAGACCACAGAGACGUGUGGGGCCCACCCAUCGUGCACACCGCUCACAUCACACCCGCACGUCGCUCUCGCUCUCACUCUCGCUCUCCCACUCCUUCGCCCCCAGCGGCCGUCGACACGCGAACGACAGUGCCGUUGCGCUUUCACGCACAUGAUGGCACUUGGUACAAUGUCGACGGCCACAUUGGCGAGUCCCUUAUGGAAGUGGCCAAAAGACACAAUCUGCCUAGCAUUGAAGCUACAUGUGGCGGCGAAUUGGAAUGUGCUACAUGCCAUGCGUACUUGUGUGACGCAAGUGACGGCAGCGAUCCCGCCACUCGCGGCGACAUUAAUUGUGCGCCAAGCUGGAGUGCUGCUGCCGUCUCGGACGAGGAAGACGAUAUGCUCGAGUAUGCACCCUUCCGCAAAGCAUCGAGUCGUCUCACGUGCCAAGUACGAGUGUCUCAGGCCCUCUCGGACUGGAUGCAACGUGGCGGCCGCAUUGAACUGGAUCGCUUCUAG